AUGCUAGAGAAAAUAUCUGAGUUAUCUAAUUUGAGAAGAAUUCUUAACGAAUUCCCAAAAAAUAUAAAAUUCUGCUUUGCAUAUGGAUCUGGUGCAUUUAAACAGUUAAAUAAUCAUGAAAAUAAAAUGUUGGACCUUAUAUUUGUUGUACAAAAUCCAAACAAAUGGCAUGCAGAAAAUAUAAAACUUAAUCCGAAACAUUAUGCUAUGCCAUUGAGGUAUCUUGGAUAUAAAUUUAUUGCCAAUUUACAAGAAAAUUGGGGUGCAAAAAUGUAUUACAAUACUUUGGUAAAAACAGUCACAGGACAAACCAUUAAAUAUGGAGUAAUGUCUGAUAUUUCUCUAAUAGAGGAUUUACUAGAUUGGAAUGAUUUAUAUAUAGCAGGAAGAUUGCAUAAGCCCGUAGAAGUAUUGAUAGAACCAAAUGAAUAUUCUCAGAUACGCAUGGCUCUUGUGCAAAAUUUACAUUCUGCUGUUCGCACAGCGCUUUUAUUACUUCCUGAACAUUUUACUGAAACAGAUUUUUAUAAAGUUAUUGCUGGAUUAUCUUAUAACGGUGAUUUUCGUAUGAUUUUUGGAGAAAAUAAAGAGAAAGUGCACAACAUUGUUGUUCCACAAUUAAAAAAUUUCAAAGAAUUGUAUGCACCAAUUUUACAACAUUAUGAGCAAUACAUAGAUUUUCCAAAAUCCGAACAACUGACAGUAAUGUGUCAACAAGAUACAAAUCCAGCAACUAAAAUACAUCACUUAAAUCAAUUACCCCGAACACCUCAAAUAAAGCUAGUAAGAGCAUGGUCACUAGGUCCAAGAUCAAAGGAUACGGAAGACUGUUUACGUGCUAUUGCAUAUGAUCCUGAAUGCUGUGAAAUAUUGGAACGAUGUUUAAAAGAAAUCGUCUGGAAAUCUAGUGUUACUCAAAGUUUAAAAGGAAUUGUGACAGCUGGAUUUAUAAAAUCCAUUAAAUAUAGUGGUGCAAAAGUCAAGAAGAUGUUACAGUCAAACUCAGAGACGAGUAUUCCUCUUGAAUCAAAAUCAGAAAAAAUUAGCAAACUAGUUGACACUGUUGUGAAGAAGCAAACAGAGGCUAAGGAUACUGACAAACGCCUAGAGUAG